AUGGAUUCACUUGAUGCCCAGAGGAAAUACCUGGUGACCUGCUCAGAGUCCCUUAUAUUGAGCCAUGGUCAGGGACCAGGUUUGGACCUGGAGGAGAAAGAGUCUGACCCUCAACAAGUUGUUAUGGUCAAUCUGAGCCGCUUACUGCUGAAAAACCUGGAUAAUUUGGGAAGUUGCAGGUCACUAACAGUAUGCAUUUUGGCGGACAAUUUUAUAUCCAAGAUAGAUGCUCUCAUCACAUGUGUACAUAUAGUGAAGUUGGAUCUUAAAGGAAAUCAGGUACUUUUUAUUUAAUUAAGGCCUAACCUUUAUAUAACCAGGAAAUGCCAUUGAUGUCAGAAGACCUCUUUCCGAGGGAGACCUGGAUAGGACUCAAUUCACAUGAUUUGAGUGGUAUAUCUUAUUCCUUUGCUAUACCUGAUUGCUACUGUCUGUAUCUGAUUGUAGAAAACCAUUUAUAUUCUGUAUCAUACUAAACAUCAUGGUUAAUACUGUAUCUUGCUCUCUUUUUUUGAGUUUUGCAUUCAGAAUAUGAAAUGUGAGCGUGAUGUAUUCUAGCUCUGGUCCAGGGUGUUACUGCUACUCCUUAGUAGAGGAACGGGCAGUAAAGCCCUGGACCAGAACUAGAUAGAUGUAUUCCAUCUGUCUUUCAGAUAACCCAACUCCCCGGCGUAGUGUUCUGGGACAGCCUGAGACGACUCCAGCUUCUCCAUCUACAUGACAACAACAUGGGGACUAGAAAGAACAUUGAGGGGUUGUCAGGCUGUCCUAACCUUACGGCGUUGACCCUCUACGACACACCGCUCAGCCUAAAGGGAAACUACAGACACUGCAUCAUCAACAGCAUCUGGUCACUGAAGGCUCUGGAUAACUAUGUGGUCUCUGACGAGGAGAUCAUUGAAAACUGGAUUCUCCCUCUGCAUUUCAAACCCCUCUAUCCUAAUUUUUACUUGAACCUCUAUCCAACAGCUAAGACGGUUUGUAGGCCUUCUUGUGCUCCUUAAUGUCAUUUGCAAUCUGUGUUUCCCAUGUUAUGUCCAUGGUGUAUCCUCCAUAAUUUUUCAAUAAACUUUUAAAUUGUCUCAUCCAGGGGCCUUAUCAGAGUGAAAUGAGAGCAAUCCAUAAGAUUAUAUCAGAGGUCAAUAGGAUCCAGUCCGUUUAUUCUCCAACGUUGAUCAUCCAACGAUGGAUCAGGGGACAUCUGACCAGAAAAAGGCUUGGGUAAAGCGUUUACUGUUGCCAUACUGUUCAUUGAAAAUUGACACAAGUAUUCCAAUGUACCCAUUGAUUCUUGAAGAAUAUAACUGUCGUAACUGAACCCAAAAUAUAAGCUUGUUUUACUCCAAUGUUUGUAAAGAAAGUAAAUGUGAACAAACACUGUAUAGCCUCAAAACAUGGUUAAAACUAUAAUGUUGAUAUCAUGGAUGAUCAGUCCUUUGAGAGUAAUUACAUUUCUCCAGUCCCAUCCCUCAGCUUUUUACCGAAACAGUGGCGGGGAGCCCACUGUUAUUGUUUCACUUCUGAUUGUCCCUUUAAAGAAUUGAUUUAUAUAGGAAACCAAAUCCUUGUAUAGGAGAUCAUUUUCCUAUAGAUCAUUGACUGCAGACAAUCACCUCUCUUUCCUUGUGUAUUCUGUGUCAUCGUGUUUCACUGAAAUGUUAUCUGUUUUUAUUCUGUCAGACUUGUCCCUGCUGUGCCGAGCCGUAAGAGGUUCAGCCUCAGAGUCCAUCUGCCUCCCAUCCCCUCUGUGGAGACAGACAGUCAACAGACCCAGGGGGAGACAUGGGUCAAAGAGUGCAUAGCUGAACAGCACCUGCAGGUUUGGACCCCCCAAUAAUUUCAUUAUACCCUGUAGUGUAGCUCAGUGUCAACCGUCUCCGAGUGGGUAAUGCUGAUCUAGGAUCAGUUUUGCCUUUUAGAUCAUAAUAAAUAAGAUUACAUGAACAGGGUGUACCUGAUUGUAGAUCAGUACUCCUACUCUGAGACACUUGAUACUCCUAGAAUGAAACACCCACUCAAUCCAGCUCUUAUGGCCUCCAUUAAUCCACUUUAAUUUGCAGACAUGGAUGAAAUGGGUCUUGUAUAAGUUCUCUGAAUACUGUCAUUGUGGAACCAUUUAAAAAUAAACAACUAGGAAAACAUCUGAUAUUAUUUGUAGAGUUUCUGUUUAAGUAAAUAACAUUUUCCAAUAUUUUUCAGAGGCACGAGGAGCGAGAUGCGAAAAUCAAGAGUUUGUAUGUGAAUCUGAAGAAAUUGGUGCAGGCUGGUAGCCCAGAGGUAAAAUGAAUCAAGUUAACGUGUUUCUGUGACAGCUAUUUUCGUUUUCCCAUGCAAAAUAUGUAAUAACAUGUGAACUAAAUAAGUGUUUUUUCUGUUUGGCAGGUUUUACAAGAGGUGGUGACAAGCCAGGUGUCUUUAGAGGCCAAGAAACAGAAAGACAUCAGUCCUCCGCAUAACACCCCUCAGAACAGUAAGACCCUGAGGUCCAGCAGAGCCAAGCACAGUGAGGGGGAAAGAGGUAGGCUGCGUCUCAAAUGGCACACUAUUCCCUAUAUAGUGCACUACUUUUGACCAAGGCCCUAUAUAGGGAAUAGGGUGCCAUUUGGUAUGCAGAUGUAAGAGUAACAUUACAGACUCAAACUCCAGUAUGACCAUUCUAAUCAUCACAACACUGUUGUUAUUGGAGUAUAUUUGUGAUGAUCUUCUCUGUCUCUGAUCAGACUUCACUGCUACAGAGGAGUUCUAUGAAGAGAAGCUUGGGAAAAUGUGUUUCCGCCUCAUCGGCUUCAAGGCUCUGAUCCACCAGGUCGAGCCUGUCAGCGACAUGCUCAUCUCCCGGCAACAGGGGGGACAGGACAUCCGCAGCGCCAUCCGCCUGUUCCACACACAGCGUCCCGAGCCACCCAAGCUGCCUCACCCUCGGCCGCCCCUAAUCAACGUCGAGAAGCGUCUGAUGGGUCGCUGCCUCGGCUCCAUCAGCCUAGCCCCCUUCCAGGUGAUUAAGCGGGCCUACCGGAUGAGGGAGCAGGCCGAGGCCCUGCAGAGGAGGGCCCAGCAGGUGGCCCGUUCCCAGGCUCGGAGGGAGGGCGCCCAGGGCCAGCGCCACGGCCUCCUGGAGGCCCGCAGGAAGGAGGUGCUCCAGGUGAGAGAGAAGGAGCAGGAGGAGGUGGAGGGGGCCCUGGCCCUGCUGAGAGCCAGCCGGGACAGGGAGAUGCAGGAGGUCAGGCAGAGACACGCUGUGUUCCUGGAGGAGAAGAGGAGGCGGGCGUCGGAACGGGCCAUGGUUGUUGCUUUCAGCAGGCAGCAUGCGUUUCUGUCCAAGACGGUCAACAGGCAUGCUGUGCGGCAGAGGCAGAGUCACACCCAGCAGGAGAGGAGUGACAUGGUUGCCAGCAGCAAGCAGCAGGCCAGGAUUCAGAGGGAACUCAUAAUGGGGUGCAUAGAGGACAGGUACUGUACUUUAUAAAGCCUAAAUACUGUAGCUGCUUCAUGUGACAUAGAGAUGAUAUAACAGACCCUUUUUUCCACCACCUAUUUAGCAUGGCAUGCUUAUUGAUCAUUUGAGAGGCAUCUAUGAAGGCCUUAUAAAGGGUUUAUGAAGGCUUCAUAAAGCCUUGGAAGUUGUUCUUUUAAAGUGGGACCAUUCUCAUAAUGUUUUCUGUUUCGUAUUACAGGCAACAGUCUCUAAAGGAGGAGGCCAUUGCAUCCAGAGUGAACAGAGACACUUAUCUGGCCACGAAGCACACCUACCAACUCCUCCGAGCCCAGGAGAGAGUGGCCAGUGUGAAGGCCAGCCAUGCCAAGAUGGAGGUCCUGCAUCCUGUACCGGUCAACCAGACUGCCUGA